AUGGAGUUUAGAGAACGAUCAUUCUCACGGGGGACUGACGAGAGGCUACCCAAACCUACAACGCGCAUGAACGACGAGACUUGGGAAAGGUUCAAGCCUUUUCUAUGCAAUCUUUACAAGAAAUACACACUGAGUGUCGUCAUGAAUGUCAUGGAGAAGAAGUACGGUAUUGUUCAAAGCAAGCGGCAGUAUGGCUAUCGUUUCGAGAAAUGGGGUAUAAAAAAGUACAACGCAAAUGAGAAGAAGACUUCUCAUAAUUCUCUAUCACCUGGUGGCAUUAACGACUCGAUGGACUAUGGUGAUAUUGGGGCCGAGUUCGACCGAGGAGCUCACUCCUUCAACCAAUACCCCAUGCCUGACCGUUGCGGCCCAGACACGCUAAUGGCCGCCGUCGGAUCAGAAAUCAUCGAGUGUGACGAGUCGCUGGACAGUCACAGGGCCGCAAAGGUUGUCGUUCCAUAUCCGUGGGCGACUGGGUCAUCCGAGGAAGCAAACAAACUGGCUGCUGACUUUUGUGCCGCCAUGCUCGAUGACACAAACGCAUUUGCCUUGUACGCGAGUCUCUACGAGGUCUUAUCGAAUAGCCAGUCUGUUCCUGAGACUCGUGAGUUUCUUGCCAUUUGUUGUGCCCGUGUCGCUGGUAAACCAGACAAUGCUCGUAGCGCCAGGGCGAUUCUUGCAAGGGAAUGGACCGGGACACCAACGACUCGGGUUUCAGACUCUCCAUUUGUCCUAUCGAUGCUCAAAGCGUACGUGGGAAGUCACCAAGAAGAUUCGGACAAAUCGGCAUUUGUCAAACAAAUCAGUCGUAAUGUCGAGCAACUGGUUGGCAGCGACGGAUCACUUGGAGAGGUUUCACACAAGUACUCGUCUAUCGAUCUCGUAGCCUACUUCUUCCUCGAUUAUGCCCUCGAGAUAUAUGAUGAUUGUUUUGACGAUUCCAACCCUCCGAACUUUAUGACUGAGCAUCUCCUGAACGAAUUCAUCACGACACAACCUUUUAUGAACGCUCUACGCAACGACUGUCCAUCCCCCCUGAGUCUCUGUCUUAGGUGGUGCAAGGAACAGCUCCGACUCAACCAUGCCGUGGCUCUACAAGAUGCCCCAGUACAGCCAAGUACUGAUAUGCGUUGUUGGUGGUACAAUAUCCGUGUCUUUUGCACUCUCUGGGGAGUAAUGACGCAUUUGGUACGGGCGAAUUGUGCCCCUGCGUGGUAUACUCAGUGCGAGUCAGCCUUUGGGAUCCCUCCAUCAGAACUUCUCAUUACACUGUCGUGGAUGAUUCGUGCUGAGGCAACUGCAACUGAGACUGAUCGCAUCAUCUCUGAUACCGAAUUACUCACUCAGGCUGCUGAUGGCGCAGACAAGCUACUCCAAGUCGACGAGUCGCAAUUGUGGAUAGACUUUCUCAAGAGGUUUACUUGGAUGAACGAACUGGCCAACCCGGGUGAUGCCGAGAGGUCUUUCGAAGCUGCUGUCCAGGACGAGCUGCGCAAAUAUGUUUCCAAGAUGCUGAGAGUUGAGCUGCCACAUCCGGCAGGGACCCAAUCUACCAGUGUUGGCGGCGGUGUGGACUUUUACAGCUUUCCCCAGCAUGGAUUUCCUGACUUUGACAUUAACUCUCAAAUGGAUUACUAUUGA